AUGGGAUCUCCUUAUGGUGCAAGAAAACUGUGGUUUUUGAUGAAAGCAUUUGAUAAUUUUUCCAGUUAUGACCGAUAUCAAAAGCUAGUGCUAUGCAAAGUGCUGGUCGCGCUGGUCAUAGAUCUCUACAUGCUCACGAGCUUUCUGAGGUACCCAGUCUUCCAGAAUCUCAUGUGCGAAAAAGUCUGCCUUGCACAUCAUGACCAGGACUUGUCUUUUUGUUCGAAUGUAUCAGCCUAUUACUCUGACCAAGUCAUACAGGCUGGAGCGAAUCACUUUUAUUUUUUAUCCGCCGUACUGCUUCCGUCACUCCUUUCAACUCUAGCAUCAGAAGCAGCUGCGGAUAUGUGGAGCAUCAAAGUCCCACUCUAA